AACUGCCAGUCUUUCGAACGAAUGAAAUGUCACGUCAGUCAGCCAUGUUUAUUCUUGUGGAAUGUGUUUCGAAAUGGUGGUAGUGAUUAAAAAAAUAUUAUUUGUGGAAUUUGUUCUGUAAUUUUUUGUGUUUACCACUAUUGUGUGUCAGUGAAGCUUCAAUGUGUUUUUUGGUGUAUGUGAAGUAAUUUUGCUGCCACUAAGAUGAGUUGGGGUGUUGAGCUUUGGGAUCAAUAUGAUAACUUAGCCGCCCAUACGCACAAAGGAAUCGAGUUUUUAGAUAAAUAUGGAAACUUUGUCAAGGAGAGGUGCGCUAUAGAACUGGAAUAUGCAGGAAAACUCAGGAGGCUUGUCAAAAAUUAUCAACCAAAAAGGAAAGAAGAAGAUGAAUACCAGUAUACAGCAUGUAAAGCAUUUAAACAGUUACUGCAAGAGUUAGGCGAUUUCGCAGGACAACGGGAAGUUGUCGCGGAAAAUCUUCAAUCAAAUGUAGUCCGAGAGUUGCACCUGCUCGCCAAAGAAUUGCGAGAGGAAAGAAAGCAACAUUUAAACGAAGGAGCAAAACAAAUGGGAGUUCUGAACACUUCGAUAGGUUCACUGGAACGAGCCAGGCGAGCGUACGAACGUGCGGCGAGAGAGUCGGAAAGAGCACUCGAGACCUUCCAAAAGGCAGACGCUGACCUCAAUCUAAGUCGGGCAGAGUUGGAGAAGCAAAAAGCGAACAUGAAACUCAGGAGUCAGGCGUGCGAAGAUGCGAAACAGGAAUACCUAGAACAGCUUCGCAAAACGAACGAAGCCCAGAGGCAACACUACGAGCAGAGAUUACCGCACGUGUUCAAACAGUUGCAAGACUUGGACGAGAAACGAAUAAAGAAUAUUAAGAACUUUAUGUUAAGUUCAGUGGAUGUCGAAAGGAAAGUUUUUCCGAUCAUCAUUCAGUGCUUUGACGGGAUGGAACUGGCCGCAAAUAGUAUUAAUGAAAAAGAGGACACAAAAUUAGUUAUAGACAGGUACAAGUCUGGUUUCGUUCCGCCCGAAGAUUUCCAGUUCGAGUUGGCUUCCGGGGCAGACACAACAGACUCGGCGUCGACCCAUCACCAGCCGCACAACCACCUGACGGCGUCCCGGGGGACCGUAUCCGGGAACAAGCUAAAGAAACGCGGCGGUCUACUAUCCAUAUUCAGUUCAAAUAAGAAGAUUGUCGAGGCGUGCAACUCUAUAAAGAACAACAUGUCUACGGAUGGAAAGGAGGACUAUUCAGAUUUGCCACCGAAUCAAAAGAAAAAGAAACUUCAAGCUAAAGUACAAGAACUCAGUAAACAGGUUGCGCAAGAACAAGCCGCAAUGGAAGGUCUUAUGAAAAUGAAAGGAGUGUACGAAAUGAGCCCCGCGUUGGGUGAUCCAAUGACUGUAGAAGGUCAACUUAACGAAUGCUGCGAUAAAUUGAAGAAGCUUCGCUCGCAACUGAACAAGUUCGAGGAGCUCUUAGCCGAAGCGAACAGUCAAGUGAACGCGGCUAACUCGUUACACCCCGUCGCCAAGACUAAUGGCGCGCCGCCCACGCAGGCUACAAGUAUCGGAUCGAACAGCGAGUCCCUGUCCCGCUCGGCGUCGGAGUCAUCUGUGAGUACGGGCACGGGCACGGGCGGAGGGGCGGGGGUGCGCGCGGCGGGAGGCUCACCCGAGUCCGGCCUGGGCGGGGAGCUCGCCGCUGCACACACAGACCACGCCAACGGCGAGCACGACCAGGACGACCGCGAGUCCGACCUCGACUAUUACUACUGCGAGCCCGACCUGCAACCCGUCGGCUACUGCAAGGCGCUUUAUGCCUUCGAAGGUAUCGGCAGCGGGUCCACGAUGCGGAUGGAGUGCGGCGAGCAGCUGCUGGUGCUGGAGACGGACGCGGGGGACGGCUGGACGCGCGUGCGCCGCAACCGCACCCGCGAGGAGGGGUUCGUGCCCACAACGUACAUCGCGACCACGCUCUACUCCGACGCGCAACACUAGCCGGGACAGCAGCGCGCCCGAGUCAGAUGACGUCACGCCGCCCUGGACACUUCACCGCGCCGGGAGAGCAAAAAGCCUUCUCUAAUUAUAACGUUCUCGUGGCCUAUAAUAUAAUAACACAUAUUUUUGCUAUAAUUUAUCGUAAUGAAAAUGUUAGCAUUAUUUUUUUAUCGUGCCCUUUGUAUUCCAAUAUGUAACGGCGCCGAAUAAGGACGUGAAUGGACUAAAAUCAUAAUAACAUUCCAUGAUCUAUUUAUUGUGUAUAUUGUUGGUUAUAUUACAUACAUAUUUUUCAUGUAUGAUAUAUAUACCGUAUUAGGGUAAUGUUAAUUGUAAUGUGUAACUCUCGUCUAGAUUUUCAUUGUGCCAGCCCUUUUUACAUGUUAAGGUAAUCUUUUGUACUUACGAAUAGUUAUUUUUGUUUGUGUUUUUUUUUUAUGUGAUUCAUCCUAUGAAAUUAUAGCAAAAAUAGUAUGAAAUGAACUCAAAUGUGAAAUGUAAAAUAUUUAAACUAAUGUUGUUUAUGUGAAACUAUGGGACUUCAUAAACUGACUUGAAAAUGAGUAUUGUAAUAUCCGAUGUCACAUAAAAUAAUUGUAUAAUGCUUAUGUUAUUACUAAAUUUACGAUUCUAGUUGUUAAUGCUAGCUAAAUGUCGCAAUUAGCUAAUGCUAUUUUCUGAAUAUAUGCUGUAUGCGAGGAACGUAUAGUUAAUGUAUUUAUAAGUGGGGAAGGAUGAAUGAACGUGUAUAAUUUUUCUAUAAAAUAAAACUGUAAGAAGACA